GAAAUAUGCAAGAGUGAGAUUUUUUGACGCAUCCACGCUGACCAGAAGCCCCCUGAGAGAACCCGUUUGUCGAUGGGAAAUAAUCGUACCCUGGCCCUUUAAUAUAUAUCAUCCAAGGAGCAUCUACUUUAUUGUCUUCCGUUCUCUUUCAACAAAGAAUGAACCCAGCUAGUCUUCAACGGUAUUUGUUAACCGCCCUGAUGGCGCUCUUCACAACUAAGAGUGUUACCGCUAUCACUACUACUUCCACUGUGUCAACAAGCUCUAGUCACUCUAGUUCCAACUCUAAGGUGGCAUCCACCACCUCUUCUCUAUCUACGACUGCUACUUCAUCCACCACUUCCACUACCUCAACUAUUUCAUCCACCACCUCAACCAUUUCGUCCACUGCUUCAGCUAAAUCGUCCACUAUUACUUCUACUACAACUCUAGCCACAAGCAGCCAGCUCGUUGCGACAAAUGUGAAAAACUUACCAAAAUUAGCUGAAGUCCUGUCCAGUAGCUACACGUCGGUUGUGCAAUCGAUCCCGACAUUGCACAACCCAUACAUCUACAAUGACUCUGGUCACCAAAACGGGUACACAUUCAUCGUUGCGGGGAGUCUUGUUGGUGCCCUUAUCGCAUUCUAUAUGUUAGCUCACGUUUGGUUGUACUUCAGAAGCCGAAAGAGAAUCCAGAACGAAGAGAACGGGGAUUUUUGGAACGACGACGUGUACGGAAAGUACGACCCAGAAUUGUUUGGCACCGCGUCGUAUGAUACUUCUACAGAGAAAGGGGCUACCUACAGCGACGUUACUCCCCGUGGCGGUUCUAUCGACAGACUACGCGGCAGGUAUGAUGAUUCAGCCCUCUCUUUGACGCUAAAUGGCAGCAGCAGCGACUUGCUGACAGACUUAUAUCAAGGAAGGUCUUACCGCAAUGCUUUGAACCACAAGCCAAGCAGAUCAUCCAUGUUUAUUUCUCCACUAGAUCAGUACAUGAAUUUUGCGGCAAUGUCCAAUAAUUGCAACCUUGAUUCCGGUUCCUCGUCUCUCAUUGGUCUGUCGUUUGCGUCCCAAGCGCCGAGUCUAUCCAAUUACAGUUCCAGGCCAUUACUUGGUUCACAAGUACUGCUACCUUCGGAGACAAAGAGAAUCAGGCCUCCAAGCCAAUGCCUUGAUGAUCUUUUAUCCACCAAAUGAGAGGUAUUGCGCAUUUCUGCAUAUAGAUUAUACUCUGUACAUUAUACUCAUAAACUGUACCUUUA